ACCCCGUUUGGAAAAAGAGGAAGUCGCGCGCACGCUGCAACCACGAUGCACAUCCGAUGGAACGAUGAAGACAGGAGAAACACCAUGAGCAGAUCGAAAAAUCUGCUCAAACGGACGCAUGAUAACGAAACGAAGACAGAAGGGAAAAAGGAUAAACGUAUGCCGCGCAGUGGUCUUUAUCGAGCAAGCUUCCCGAUAUAUUACUUUGGCAAACUGUGCGGCUUGAUUCCGGUUAGAUUCGUCGCACAUACUAUUGGAAGAUGUCAGGCUCGCCUAAGUAUCAUUGAUCUUGUCUACAGUUUCUGCGUACUGAUACUGCUCCUCGGUUUGGAAAUUUGGGGACUGUGGCGAGAUUUGAAGGAUGGCUGGGAGUACAGCACCAGACUAAAAUCACGAACAGCAAUAAUCGCGACGUGCAGCGAUGUUCUCGGAGUGAUGAGUCUGACCGUGGUUUGCAUCGUUGGCUCACCUUUUCGGUGGAAAUACCUUCAAGUCGUCAUAAAUAAAUUAAUCGAGGUGGAUGAAAAACUCGGUGUAUCGCCGGCGAAAAAGUCUCGGAGAUUCACGAUCUGUUUAACGGUGUGCAACAUCGCGUAUCUAUGGUUCAACUCUGGUCUUGAUUUUUAUGCGUGGGAUCGCAAAACGAAAGACAACAGAACGAUGAGCAAAGGUCCUAUCAACUACGCGCCCCUGUACCUCAUGUACACCGUGAUCAUUUCGACGGAGAUUCAAUACACUGUUUCGACGUACAACGUGGGACAACGAUUCGUCAACCUGAACAACUGUCUCGAAAGUCUGUUGGAUAGCGGCAGCACGGCCGAUCACUUCGGAAAAUUUGUUGUUGGAAUGGCAGCAACGGCAGCCAGUGAUGUUCGCAAGUUAACAUCAAACGUUGCGCCGCACAGAUUGGGUAGUUAUCGAAACUCUCGGAAUUUGAACGAAAGCAAACCGUACGUAAACGGUAUAUCCGAAUUAAUAACGAUACAUUCGUCGCUCUGCGAUGUGGUUUCUCUUAUAAACAGUACGUUCGGCAUGGUGAUACUGGCCGUUAGUGUAACUUGUUUGUUGCACCUAAUCAUCACGCCAUACUUCUUGAUCUUACAAGCAAACGAGAAACACGAAUGGAUAUAUCUGAUAGUACAGUGUAUGUGGUGUAUCUUUCACGUAUCUAGGAUGUUGAUAAUCGUUCAACCCAGCUAUUUCACUAUCGCGGAGGGAAAGAGAACGGCGGUUCUCGUUAGUCAGUUACUUUCCUCUAACUUCAAAGCGGAUGAUAGACAGCAACUGGAAAUAUUUUCUCUUCAACUAUUGCAUCGACCACUUGAAUUUUCAGCGUGCGGACUCUUUUCGUUGGACAGAACGCUGAUAACGUCGAUCGCGGGGGUGGUGACAACAUACCUCGUCAUACUGAUACAGUUUCAGAAUGCGGACGACACAAAGGGAGAAGUUGACAUAAUAAAAAACGCGACGCAAAUAUUGAAGACCGCCUCGUCGUCGCUGCAGAAUUUUACAGGACUGAAGACAGGCUUCUGA